UCUAAUUCCAAACAGAAUUUCCUUAUUGAUCCCUUCAAGAGCAAUUUACGUAGAGCUUGUAAUAGUCCUCCAACAACCACGAAAAUGAAUGAGCCCGACAUACUCUCUCCUAUGAUCCCAAAAGGGCUGAAUUCUCGAUUCGAGCACAACCUAAAAUGGAGCCAAGCCUCCCUCUUGAUCGCCGAGGCCAAAGCAAUAGCCAACUUAUCAGUCCCGAUGGUGUUGACAGGCCUGUUGCUCUACUCGCGGUCCAUGAUCUCGAUGCUCUUCUUGGGUCACCUCGGGGAACUACCUCUGGCCGGUGGCUCCCUCGCCAUUGGAUUCGCCAACAUCACGGGCUACUCCAUCCUCUCUGGCCUCACCAUGGGCAUGGAGCCAAUCUGCGGCCAGGCCUAUGGGGCCAGGAGGCCCAAACUCCUUGGCCUCACCGUCCAGCGCACUGUGCUCCUCCUCCUCCUCACCUCGAUUCCGAUACUAGUCCUCUGGCUCAACAUGGAGAGAAUCUUGCUACUUUGCGGCCAAGAAAAUAGCAUAGCUGCAGAAGCCCAAUCCUACAUUCUCUACUCCAUUCCUGAUCUAGUUUUGCAAUCUUUUCUCUACCCGAGCCGUAUCUAUCUGCGUUCGCAGGGAGUAACAAUGCCACUCACUUGGUGCACUCUAUUUGCGGUCCUCCUCCACAUUCCUACUAAUUAUGUGCUUGUUGACAUGCUCAACCUCGGCACUAGGGGUGUAUCCCUUAGUGCUGUUUGUACAAAUUUCAACCUACUCUUGUUUUUGGUGGCUUACAUUUUAAUUUCCCGCGUUCAUGAGAGCACGUGGGCCCCGGUAUCCCUCGACUGCCUCAGGGGCUGGGGACCGCUUGUGAGACUGGCUCUCCCGAGCUGCAUCUCGGUGUGCCUGGAGUGGUGGUGGUAUGAGAUCAUGAUCCUACUAUGCGGGCUGUUAUCAAAUCCCCAAGCCACAGUUGCAUCCAUGGGAGUCCUAAUCCAAACGACGGCACUUAUUUACAUCUUCCCAUCUUCUUUGAGCUUCGGUGUGUCUACUCAUGUCGGGAACGAGUUGGGUGCAGGGCGGCCCCAUAAUGCUAGGCUUGCCACAAUCACGGGGCUCUCCUUUAGCUUCAUCCUAGGUUUCAUGGCCUUGUCUUUCGCCAUAUCCGUGAGAAAUUCAUGGGCGGAGCUAUUCGCAAAAGAUGCCGACAUAAUAGCCCUAACUUCGGCAGUUCUGCCCAUAAUUGGGCUAUGCGAGCUCGGGAACUGCCCCCAGACGACAGGCUGCGGGGUCCUUCGAGGAACUGCAAGGCCAAAGAUGGGAGCGAACAUUAACUUCGGAUGCUUUUAUGUGGUCGGGAUGCCUGUGGCAUUAUGGCUUGGAUUCUUUGCCGGAUUCGACUUCAUAGGACUGUGGCUUGGGUUAUUAGCGGCCCAGGCCUCUUGCGUGGUGAGCAUGUUGUUCGUAGUGGCCCAGACUGAUUGGGAACAUGAAACUCGGAGGGCGAAGCAGCUGACCGGCGGCGGAGCUGUUGGUCCCAUGGAUGAACAUCAUAUCGAAGAUUCUUUGAGCUCACAAGAGAAAGAAAAGGACGGCAAUUUACUUGUUUAAUAAUUUGUGCUGUAGCUGAAAUUACACGAAUUACUGCUCGAAUUGCGUGGCUAUGUGUUAAAUUCGAUUCAAGAGGUGAAUCGAUGAGAAUUUCAACGUUGGAUUUUGUGACGGAAUGUAGGGCAAUCCGUCACUGAAGCCUGAAAUUAUUGUAGUGACUACACGCGCAUAUAGAACAGUUGAUGGAUUGUAUACUACACAAGCAAUGUUUUCUU